GCGACAACUAACGCCAACAGCAGCCUGCGACCCAUCCCAAUCGAUUUAUCUGCUUGCGCGAACCCAUCGUCAAAGCAGAUUCAGAUCGAUUUAUCGGCACACCCGCAACCAUGGCUGACGCUCCUGUUACCCUGCGGACACGCAAGUUCCUCCGCAAUGCGCUUUUGAGCCGCAAGCAGAUGGUCGUUGAUAUCCUCCAUCCCAACCGCGCCAACAUCUCCAAGGACGAACUCCGCGGAAAGCUCGCCGAGCUCUACAAGUCCAACAAGGACCAAGUCUCUGUUUUCGGUCUUCGCACACAAUAUGGUGGCGGAAAGACUACCGGUUUCGCCCUCAUCUACGACUCCAGUGAAGCCUUGAAGAAAUUUGAACCCCGCUACCGUCUCGUCCGUAUUGGUGCUGCUGAUAAGGUUGAAAAGGCCUCCAGACAACAACGCAAGCAACGAAAGAACAGAUCGAAGAAAUUCAGAGGCACAGCAAAGACCAAGGGCCCCAAGAAAGACAAGAAGAACAAAUAGACGACAUGAACUUCGGUGUUAUAGGGUUGGCAAUGGUGCUUGGUUCCUGCUUCGAUGGAUUGUUCAGCACCCUGGGUGAUGCACCUCAGGGAUACCGAUGCUGUACUGUAGCUACGAAUCAAGCCUUGUGGUAAACAUGUUUCUGGCUUUGUUUUAUUCUACGAAGCAAAAUAAGUCUUUUUGAACUACGAAAUUGCAUUUGCUCUGUUCGCGAAUUCGAUCCUCGUCCUUUGCUGAACCAGGUGGCAAACUUCAAAAUGAGACUUGAGAGAUUACCUUCCCUUGCUAUCCAUAAAUUUUGUCCCUGAACGACUUUGGCCCCCCUUUGCCCCCCAAUACAAAACGAUCCACACCAUAUUCAGGAGCCCGAAAUACCCUGGCUCAAGCGAUUAUAGGCGUUGGAAACAACAAAAAAUAAAAGUGAAUCAAACACAAGGUGCAAAAAAAGACAGCAUGAAUCAGACCUCCCAGGGUAAGCCACGUGCGAAGAAUUAGGACACCGGCUAGGGCGCCGGCUAGGGACAUAUGCGGGAAGUGUAUUCUGUAGAUGGCCCGGAAAAAAUUCCAUACUUAACCCGCCGAGGUUUUGAAAAGGCGACUGUAGGUUGCACAAACCAAAAAUUUUGCCAAAAUCAAGCCGUGCCGUUAGCAAGGGGGACAUUCGCUUCCCCCUUUACUUCAUUGCAUUGAGUAAACUUUGCUCGUAGGAAGGAAUUUGUGUUCGAAGAAUUCAGUCGUCAAUUAUUGUAAAUUAAUCAGUUCGAAUUAGACUAGUCUGCAGAACGUGGCCCAUCCUGUGUGGUAAAAAAUCAAAUUCCCUCAGCGUGAGUAAGGGGCGAUAGAG